AGUAGUGGUGCUACUAGUAGUGGUCCUCCUAGUGCUCCUCGUGCUGGUGCUCCUAGUGGUGGUGCUCUAGUGGUUGUGAGCAGACCGUUGUUGCCGUUGCUGCUGUUCUUCGGCCGACGGUGCGUAUCUACGCCAGGCAUGGAGCGCCGGACUCAGUGCGCCCGUUUCAAAUCGUUACGAGCCGUUACCGCAGACUCCACGUCGAAGUAAGGAGGAGGAGGAGGAGAAGAAGAAGAGAGAAAGAGAGAGAGAAAGAAGAUUUUAACGGUCGUAACGAGCGAGGAUGCCGUGAACUUAAACGACGAUGAUCGACGAGGGAAGAGCACACGAGCCGUUCAAGGAAAAUCAUCAUCGUCAUCGUCAACAACAACAACAACAACAACAACAACAACAACAUCGUCGUCGUCGUCGUCCUCGUCCUCGUUCUCGCGAGCUUCCCUUCUACUACGUGAUCUUUUGAUAAGAAUAGAAAUAUCUAGCGAUCUAGAGGAGAAAGUAAAACAAUAGAAGCCGAAGAGGAUGGACGAGAUACGAGGCUCGCCGGCACGUCGUCUGUCUCAGAUUCUCGAUCCGAUCGCGCGUCUAGCGACGGACUUUGGUUCGAGCUCGUCCGCACCGUGCAGCCCAAGACUCGGUGUUCGGGCGCACGAGUCGACGAGCAACGUUGGCCAACAGCAGCAACAGCAGCCGAGUACGCCCGAGGGCAUUCGGAGGCAGCAAGUCGCUUCCGAAUCGGCUCGAGGAUUGUCGAGCGGCCCUGACAGUCCGCGAUUAUGGCCUCGUCACUUUCGUCAAGCGCCGACGCCACCGCCAAGGCCGCGGCAUCAAAGCGCGACUCCUCUCAAUAACAAUAACAAUAACAAUGGCGGCGGUAGCGUGGGCGGUGGCGGAGGCACCGUUGUUGUUACCGGAAGUACCGGUGGCACGAUCGUUCACUCGCGUGACUCGCCCUACGUAAACGUGCCGAACUUGCUCUUUCAAAAGGAAAAGAAUUUCGCGGAUUCCUCCAGGGGCACCGGUUACGUCGAAUUGCGCGAUCCGAGCAAGAGCAAGUGUAGCCCGUACGAUUUUACCUCGGAAUCGAGCGGCCACGUCGAAUAUGCCGAUAAAAGAACGUUCGCCGCGCAAACGGAUUUCGGUCAAGCUACGAGCAAUCCUUACGAGGUGUCUAAGGAAUUGUCGUCGGCUUUUGCCAGAGGUAGACCCACCUUCGAUCCAGGAUCAUCUUCGACCAGAGCUCAUUUCGAUAGAGCCUUCUCCUUCUCCGGUAGACAUCAACCGGUGGACCAUCAACAACAACAACAACAACAACAACAGCAGCAACAACAACAGCAGCAGCAGCAGCAGUCGGCAGGAAGAUCGUUCGUCGAGAACAGAUUGUUUCUCGAUCAAAGGUCCGCGGCACCCGCGGCUUGCGCCGAUUCGAAGAAGGAAAAACUCGAAGCCAGGCCGACUUAUGGAUCUUCCAAGAGUUUCGAUGGCUAUUCCAGCGCCGUCGAGGAACUCAAUUGGCAAGAGAGAUGUCUCGAAUUGCAACUGGAACUCCAUCGUAGCAGAAGCCAAGCUACCAGAGUACGGGAUAUGCUUCGGGAGAAGCUAUCGGAGCUCGAGCAGCGUGUCUUGGAAGCCGAGGGAAGAGCCGAUGAGGCGGAGGAUAAGGUACGGAUGAUGGAGGAGCGGCUUGUGAAGGGUGAAUACUGCCUGAGCACAUCCGGCGUUGGUUCUCCGCCUCAUUCGUUGCCGUCAACGUCCGGCACACAGAAUGACAAGCUCGAGGACGUCCACUGUGCGUGCAUCUCGAAAUUAGAGACCCAGGUCGAGGAACAGAGACAACUAAGACUGCAAGAUGCGAGACAAGUAGAGGCGAAAGCCGCGAGAAUAAAGGAAUGGGUGACCAAUAAGCUACGGGAACUCGAACAACAGAAUCAACAUUUGAGAGAACAGAAUAAUAAGUGCAAUCAGCAACUCGAGUUAUUGCGUAAUCACAUAACCAAUAUCGGCCUGAAACCACCUGCACCUACGAGGGCAUCGCUGUCAUUGGAAGUAGAUCCAACGUUGCGUAGACGAUCGGAAAGCCUCGAAGGGACGCCUCAGGCCGUACCGGAAAACGUUCAGAGUUCCGUAGCCGAGCCUCAGACCGGUAGCAAGCAUAGAAGACAUCUUUCCGCGUGCGGAACCAUACAACGUGGAAUACCAACCACUAACAUGGAUUCGAGCUUACUCUCCGAGGAGCUGGCGGCAGCUGUGGAAAAUCUGGUCAUGUUACCAAAUAUACCAGGUGUUUCCGAGACAAGCAGAGACAGUGGAAGCUCCGAAGCUGUGCACGAUUACGCGGAGAUUUAUACGCCAAGUAGAGAAGGAAUGAAUUGGGGACAGAACACUGGACAAGGUCCCAGACCACCUACACCUCCACUCCACAGAUUUCCCAGUUGGGAAGCAAAGAUAUAUCAGGUGGCAGACGGUGGCCUUGGCAUCGGUCCCCCAACGAACGAAGAAUCGGCACCAUCUACGAUGACGAAUACAACGAGCUCGUCGAAACAUUCUCAAGCUACGGGACAUAAUUUAACGGCACACAAUUCUCAAGGCUAUUGCGAUAUAUCGGUACCGGUAUAUGCCACAGUUAAAGGCCGUGCCAGCCAAAUCAGAUCCAUGCCGUUUGGUGAUAGUUCCGAUGAUAGUUCGGACGGGGAAGAACAUCCGAAUCAAACGGAAACCAAUACCAGAAUUACCAAUAGCUCGUCGGAUAAUACGGAUUCCUCUCUCGGUAGUGGUAGUAGUCCAUCGAAAAGCGUUAAAACGACGAGCAGUUUGAGCCCGGCUAAAAGAAGCUCUAGCGGAUCUCCGAGCAAAAGCGUAAAACGUGACACCUCUCUUGAGUCAGGCUUGUCCGAAGAUUAUGCCAUACCUCCUGACGCACUUAGCUCUACGUCACUGGAAUCAAGCAUGCCCAGUCUCUUGAUGCGAGUUUCUGGAGAAAGUCCAAAGAAACAAGAAUCUUUGGAAAAGACAGGACACUUGGCGAAACUCGGUGGAAAGUUGAAAACUUGGCGUAAGAGAUGGUUCGUUUUAAAGAACGGAGUGCUUACUUAUUGGAAGAGUCAAAACGACGUGAAUAGAAAACCUCAGGGCCAAAUUGUAUUGGACGAAGUUUGCAGGAUAAACAGGGCGGAAGGUGCUGCUACGUUCGAGAUAGCUACCGGUAAAAAGACCUACUAUCUUACUGCAGAUUGCAUUGCGACGAUGGAAGACUGGAUAAGAGUUCUACAGAAUGUACAAAGGCGGAACGCGACCAAAUUACUUCUGAGUAAGGAAGAUAAUAAGCCCACGAUACAGGGUUGGUUGACGAAAGUCAAAAAUGGCCAUGCUAAGAAGUGCUGGUGCGUUCUAAUUGGAAAAAUGUUCCUGUAUUUUAAGUGCCCUAACGACACGAAUCCUAUCGGUCAGAUAAAUAUGAGAGACGCCAGAGUAGAGGAAGUGGAACACGUAUCGGACAGCGAUAGCGAAGAAAGAGACGCCGAGUGUCCUCACGAGAGAACGAUUGGAAUUUUUCCAACUCAUCAAGGUCCUACUUAUCUCUUAAUGCCUCACAAACAGGAUAAAGACAAUUGGCUUUAUCACUUGACGGUGGUCUCUGGUGGUGGACCAAGCGCGGGAACUCAGUACGAACAGUUGGUGCAGAGGUUAAUGGAGACCGACGGUGAUUCUAGCUGUGUACUUUGGAGACAUCCUCUUUUGCUUCACACGAAGGAAAACAUUACCAGCCCGUUAACUAGUCUGACAUCCGAAGCCUUGCAAACAGAAGCUAUUAAACUUUUCAAGGCUUGUCAGCUGUUUAUGUCGGUGGCGGUAGAACAGGCAGGCAUUGAUUACCACGUGGUUCUGGCACAAAAUGCGUUACAGCAAUGCCUAGAUCAGCCUGAACUUCAAUCGGAAUUUAUAUGCGCAUUGGUAAAGCAGACAAGUCGUCACACACAACACCGUUUGGGCGUACAGGUAAAAAAGGCCGCCAGACUUGUGUCGCUGGGUACUGCGCGCGUUCAGCUCCUCCUCUGCGCCACGCAAUCGCUCUUCACCUGCGAUACGCAAAGUCCCGCGGCAAAUGGCAGCGGUGAAAAUGCGGACGCACAAUCGACGGCCUCGUCUUCUCACAGUCCUCCGCUCACGCAGGGCCAUUCGACAUCUACUAUCUUGGAUUGCAAAACUAAUCCUGCCCAGUACGUUCUUAUCCAAGGAUGGCAGCUUCUUGCUCUGGCAGUUUCUUUAUUUUUACCAAGGAACAAUCGUCUCUUGUGGUACUUGAAGUUACAUUUACAAAGGAAUGCUGAUAGCAAAACGGAAUGUGGCAAAUACGCAGCCUAUUGCGAAAGAGCUUUAGAAAGAACUCUACAGAACGGUGGUAGGGAAGUAAAACCAUCGCGUAUGGAAGUACUUUCAAUAUUGAUGAAGAAUCCGUAUCAUCAUUCCUUGCCGCAUGCUAUUCCUGUACACUUUUUAAAUGGCACUUAUCAAGUGGUCAGCUUCGAUGGCAGUACCACGAUAGAGGAAUUUAUAAAUACAUUGAAUCAAGAAAUUGGUUGUCGGGAUGUACAUCAAUCUGGUUUUACAUUGUUCAGCGACGAUCCUAUAGAAAAAGAUCUUGAACAUUUUAUCGAUCUUCAAGCAAAGCUUUGUGAUAUUAUUUCGAAAUGGGAGACAGCUCUACGGGAAAAAAGAUCGGGUAAAUUCGAAAAUACCAGAGUCAUACAAUUGACGUACAAAUCACGAUGUUAUUGGCGACAGGCAGCUAAAAUGGAAACCGAUAGGGAAAGAUUAUUAUUGUGUUAUCAAGUGAAUCAGCAAGUAGUACAAGGGAAAUUCCCAUUGAACCGUGAUCUUGCUUUUGAACUUGCGUCGUUGAUGGCACAGAUCGAUUUUGGAGAAUACAAUAAUGAUAAAGCACGUGGAAGUGGUCCUGGAAGCAAUCCACAUCAUCUCGUACUUCAAGCAUUGGAUAAAUUUUUUCCGAUACGCUAUCGGACUAACAUCACUGGUGAUCAGUUGAGAGAAUUGCAGGAGAAACUUCAAGAAAAAUGGAUCGCUUUAAGAGGACGCAGUGUAUUGGAUUGUGUUCGUAUAUAUUUAACAUGUACCAGAAAGUGGCCUUUUUUCGGAGCUACACUUUAUCAAGCAAAACUAAAACAAACAGAUCCAGUAACCGUAUGGAUAGCAGUUAACGAAGAUAGUGUAACGUUACUCGAGCUACAAACAAUGGCAAUAAUGUGCCGUUAUAAUUACGCAAAUAUAGUCACUUUCGGAGGCUGUUUAGACGAUUUUAUGCUCGUUGCUUGCCCAGACGAAGGUGCCGCCGAACAAAAACUUCUUUUCGCUCUUUCCAAACCGAAGAUAUUAGAGAUAACGUUGCUAAUAGCUGAUUACAUGAAUGCACUUGGACACGCUUUACCUGGUACUCCACAAAUGAAUACUUUGACACGCAAUGGUUCACACAGAUCUAUAAAAUCGACUCUUAGACCCGCUACUGGUUCAAGUUGUCUUCCAACACAACCGGAUAUUUUGAAAUCAACUCCAGAUCACCAAAGACCUUAGAAAGACUGGUUGGCUUAUUUUUGAGAAUGGUGUGAAAGAAUGUGUUUACCGACUUAUUGAAAGUUUGACAUUGUCAAGGCACUAACUUUAUAUACGAAGGUAUUACCUGUAUUAUAAGAAAAAAAAAGAAAAA